AUGUCUCUGUUUACGGGCCAGCUCUACCCAAAGAGAGCGCUAGGGUUUCUCGCUCUUGGCGCUUCGCUCCACGACAUUCUCACACGGCUCAAGGCCGAACCCACGCGUUUCCCGCAACUAGAACUCGUGUAUUCUCGAGAAACCCCUAUCGAUGAACCCGUUACAGUGAACCUUCCCGCCAACGGCAUACGUCUCCGCUUCGAUGGUGCCCAACAGCGCCUUCGACUUAUUGAAGUGCUUGAUUUCUCGCGAAACCACAUUACCUUUAACGAUCGGGACUUAGUACGACCGGCGACGGCAGCCCCGGCAGCGGCAUUUACGUUCAAGCUGUCUGCUUCCGCAUAUUCCCCUGAUAAGGAUGUUGUCUCCUUGCUGUCCGCCGUCCCUAACCAAACAGCAACGUCCAUGGCCGUGUUCGACGGCCCAUCCUGGGCAGAGGCUCGACCAACUCUCUGGACCGCUACUUUGCCGAGCAUCAAGUCUAAUCCCGCGAUCCCUAGGAGCAAAGACGUUCCUGCCGAUGAAAUAUCUUUGGUCAGAAUCCAUGGUGGAGGCGCCAUUCAACUGUUCCAUCAGUCUUCUCUCAUGACGGGAUCCGAGGAUACGAACGACGAGGAGGCCGUCGAAGAAGAUUCUCCUGGUCAUGUGUCUGGCGAAUGCUUCUAUAAUUAUUUUUAUCUCGGCUUCGACGUCCUAGUUUCAACACCCACAACACCCUCCAGACGCCCACCCGGUUAUAAUCGUGACGGAACCGUUCCGGAGAAGCGAUUCACGAGCGCAUCCCCGGACAAACUUGUAGCAACCAAACUUGUGCUUCACGGAAACCUGCCUGGCUCGUACGAGUUCAACCGCCACCGCCGAUGCUGUUGGGAUAUUGCGUACCUUGAAGACCCAGCCAGCGAGACUUUGGCACCCAACUCCGAGGCCAAGUUCACCGAGAUCGAAGAAGCCCUAAACGAGCGGUGGAAAUCCCUUUACCCUGAAGGUGAGAGCGAGGGACGCCAGCGGGGUAUGGUGCUCAACAGGGGUUGGGGAGAUAGCCCGGGCAGCAGCUGCGAACUCUUGGGUGGGUGGGAAGACAGCAGCGCCACGGCCGCAGCAAAUCUCCCUAAGGGUGCUGAUGGUAGUGACGAUGCUACGACGACGCUGUUUGGAUUCCCCGGGCUGGUCUUCGAGGUACUGCGCAACGGGCAUGUUAAUACUGUUACUGUUUUUUGA